AUUGGGGGUGAUUCGCGGCGUCUGGGCUUUUGGAAUUCGGUGUUGGAACGUUUAAAGAAUCGAUUAUCUGGGUGGAAGAGUCGCUUUCUUUCUUUUGGUGGUCGUCUGGUUUUGAUUAAGUCUGUCUUGACAUCUUUACCUGUUUAUGCUCUCUCCUUCUUCAAAGCUCCUUCAGGCACAAUAUUCAGAUAGGUGGCGGUGGCAGCCAGAUCCUGACACAGGUUACACUGUUCGAGGAGUUUACCAGCUUUUGACUACUCGCGAUUCAGUUACUUUGGAUGAGGCAGAUCAUCUUGUUUGGCAUCCUCAGGUUCCUUUGAAGGUAUCCAUCUUUGCGUGGCGUCUACUUCGCGAUAGGUUACCUACAAAGACAAAUCUGGUUACUCGAGGCAUCUUAUCUUCUUCAGCACAGGUGUGCGUAGCUGGUUGUGGGGAGGCAGAGUCGGCUCAUCAUUUAUUCAUCUCUUGUGAGUUUUUUUGGUUCUCUUUGGGCUUUGGUGUGCACGUGGAUUGA